AUGCUUCUCCGUCUGCCGCCCAGCCUGCAUUACCCUAUCACCAUCACUUCUCUGCUGAAGAAGCCUGGUGAUGAGGUGCAGAGGGAUGAAGCCUUGUUUUGGUAUGUCUAUCACUCAGAGGUUGAGGAGGGUGAUGGGCUAGGGAAUAUCACAACGGUGCAGCGCAAGUUCCCAACUCGAUUUGAAUCGCCUGUUGAUGGCGAGGUCCAAGAGUGGAAAAUUGCCAAAGGAGACGUUAUUGAAGAACCGGUUGAUGUUGUUGAGAUCUACGAGCCAUGUGCCCAUGAGGUACAAUUCGGAGGGAUGUGCGCAGAGUGUGGAAAGGAUAUGACUGAAGCGUCAUACAAUACCGAGAUUAUGGAUUCCUUCCGUGCGCCGAUUCAGAUGUCCCAUGAUAAUACAACGUUGACUGUCAGUGAGAAGGAAGCCACACGAGUCGAGGAGGAUGCUAAGCGUCGUCUUUUGGCAUCUCGGCGUCUUUCGCUUGUGGUGGAUCUUGAUCAGACUAUUAUCCAUGCUACUGUCGAUCCCACCGUCGGAGAAUGGAAAGAGGACAAAGACAAUCCAAACUACGAAGCAUUAAAGGGGGUCAGGCAGUUUCGGUUGAUUGAUGACGGCCCAGGAAUGCGUGGCUGUUGGUACUACAUAAAGCUGCGGCCAGGGCUGGAGGAUUUCUUACAGAACGUUGCCGAGCUCUAUGAACUGCACAUCUAUACUAUGGGUACUCGAGCAUAUGCACAAAACAUUGCCGAUAUCAUUGAUCCAACACGCAAGCUUUUUGGAGACCGUAUUCUCAGCCGUGAUGAAAGCGGAAGUUUGACAGCCAAAAACCUCCAACGUUUGUUCCCGGUUGACACAAAGAUGGUCGUCAUUAUUGACGAUCGUGGUGAUGUGUGGCGCUGGAAUCCCAACCUUAUCAAGGUCUCUCCCUAUGACUUCUUCGUCGGGAUUGGUGACAUCAAUUCCAGUUUCUUGCCCAAGAAACAGGAUAUUGGUACAACUGUGGCCAAGGCUGCGAAACCAGAAACAAAGGAGCAUGCUAAUGGUUCAGCUGAGAAGACGACUGAUGUUUCUGCAUUAGAGCAACUAGUGACAAUGGGAGGCGGUGAUAAUCCAAGAUUGCUGCAGGAACAGACCAAUGCACAAGAGGAGACAAUACUACACCAGGUGGAGGAUCGACCACUGUUGCAAAAACAGAAAGAAUUAGACGCCGAGGACGAUGCUAGUGCCGAGAGCACGCCCAACAUUGAGGAAUCUCAACCCCGACAUCACUUACUUGAAGAUCAUGACCGAGAGCUUUACCAGCUUCAGGAACGUCUAGAGCAAGUUCAUCUCCAAUUCUUUGACGAGUAUGAUAAGAAGCGCAGCAGUGCACUGGGAGGCCGAUUGGUUCCUGACGUCAAGGAUAUCAUGCCCCGAAUCAAAGCACAGAUUCUCGGGGGAGUGGUGAUGGUUUUCUCAGGUGUUCUUCCUCUCGGAACAGACACACAGAAUGCUGAUAUUUCCCUGUGGGCCAAGACAUUCGGUAUCGUCAUCGCAUCGAGGAUCAAUAGCCGCACCACUCACCUCGUCGCUGGCCGAAACCGGACCGCGAAAGUGCGUGAAGCCACUCGGUACCCAAACGUCAAGAUCGUCACAACACAAUGGCUUCUAGAUUGCUUGACUAGCUGGAAGCGUCUAAAUGAGGAGCCCUACUUGCUUCCUGUUCAUCCCGAUGAUCGUGGUGAGCCUCUCUCCCCUGGCUCGCAAGAACUCGCCGAGAGCUCCUGGCUAUCUUCCUCGGACGAGGCCACGGGCUCAUUCUGGACUGAUGAUGAAGGAAACCCAGAGUCCGAAAUUUUCAAGGAUACCGGACUCGACGAGACAUCGCAUAUCGGAUAUGACGAGGAUGAACAAGCUGCUGUGCAUGACGAGCUGAAGGAGUUCCUUGGUAGUGAUGACGAGAGUGAAAGCGACGGCGAGGCAUGGGGAGAUGAGGGUUCGGCAGGCAGGAAACGAAAGCGCGGUGACGGUGACGGGGCCACUGACGACGAGUCCGGCGAAGAUGAGGAGAAUGAUACUGAUCAGCAAGGCUCAAAACUCUCGCAGCGAAUCAAGCGUUCGUACAAGCGGAGUACUGGUCUUCGAGAAGUUGCAAGCGUUGCUCCCACCGAUUCUGACGAGUCCCGUAUGACACUACAAGCCGAUGAAGAGGAACAGGAUAUGGACAAAGUGGACACCAACCAAGAACAAGAUUAUGAAAACCCAGACGACGACGACGACGAUCUGGAGCGAGAGAUGCUCGCGGCAUUUGAAGAUGACGACGACAAUGUAGAGGACGACGAGGAAAAUCUUUGA